UUCCUUAAAGAUCCUGUUUGUAGUAGCAGUGGUCGCGGUGUGGUCAAACAUGUAGUAAGAGGUUAAAAGUCUGGGUCUCCUUUUUGUUUUUCUUUCUGUAGCUUUAGAAUCGCGUGAUGUCACUUUUUUUCAUUUCACAAAAAUCUUUAAUAUUUCCCUGUAUUUCUUAUGCUGUGGCUUAAAUGCAAGGCGAAAGAUAGUUAGUUCACUACUAUGGUUCUUUUACCAGAAGAAGCAGAGAUGACAUUAGCUGAGCUGAGACAAAUGGCUGCUAGGCAGCAGCAUCAGAUUGAGGCCCAGCAGCAACUGCUUGUUGCUAAAGAACAGAGAUUAAAAUUUCUGAAACAGCAAGAAGCUCGCCAUCAUAACUUGACUGAACAACAGUUGGACACAGCCUGUUUACAAAAUCUCCGUGAGAAAGUUGAAACACAGGAACUAAAAUUAAGACAGUUACGAGCUUUAAGAGGCCAAGUAGAACAGCAAAAGACAAACAAUGGAAAUUUAAGUACUGAAUUAGAUUCCAUCCGAGCAUUGUUUAGUGAAAAGGAAAAAGAACUUAAUCUUGCUGUAAACAAGGUAGAAGAACUUACUCGCCAGCUUGAUGAAAUCAGAAACAACAACAAUAGAAAGAACUGCAUUAUGUCCUCUGCUGCUUCUGAACUUGAAAGUUUAAAAAGAGAAUUGCUGUACCGAACAAAACUGGCUGAGCAACAAAAUAAUUAUAUAUGCCAGCAGCGAGAAAACAUUGCACUUAGACAGCAGGAUAUAGCUGUUUUGGACAAGAAAAUAAAUGAGCUUACUCAGCGCCUUCAUCGUAAGCGCCUACUAAAUGAACAACUUGCUGCUCAAAUUCACAAUGCUUCACUUUCACGAAAUUCUAGCAACAAUAUUAUUAACAAUGGCCUUUUCCAUCCUACUACAAUUGUAACUGUAGAACCUAUACAGAGAGAAUCUUUAGAACCCGAACAUACUCAGGAUGACAUGGCAGCUAAGUUGAUUGGGUUACACAAAGAUGACCUUGGAGAAUUUUGUUUGACAAAAAAUGAUCCUAAAUAUCAGACUUUGCCUUAUAAUACAAAAUUUACCUUGAAAGGAAAACAUUCUGAAGACUCUUUAUCUUCAUCUACUGAGGACGAAUCAUGGUCUAGUAAUGCAGAUUACUCAUCUAAUAUUAAAAGUAAUUCUACAUCCUCUGUUAUAAAGCCGUCAUCAAACAUGUGUAACUUUUCACCUCGUCCAUUUAAUUCUACAUAUAAUCCAAAUACUGCAGUGCAGAAAAUUACGCAGCAUCUCCAGAAUCGUAAUAAUAUACAGAUGCCAGUGGUGAGUUCUUUGUAUUAUACUUAGUGAUAGAGUUUUAUU